CGUCACAUCCGCCGUAAACAACAAUAAGGAAGUCCCGAGGUGCAAAAUGGAGCAGUCACGCGAAAUAGAUUAGAAGUAUUUCUUAUUUUCAACGUGUGCAAAGCGGGCCUAUUAUACAGUAAUUUUCGUUCCUCACAAGCGACACUAAGUUAGCAAUGGAGGGCUCCAAGUCGUCGAGCACAACCAUGCAGGUCAGUUUCGUGUGUCAGCGGUGCUGUCAGCCACUCAAACUGGACACGUCCUUCAAUGUGCUCGAUCGGGUCACAAUCCAGGAACUUAUUGCUCCGUUGGUCACUGUGACCCCCAGUAAACAGGCUGACAGCACUGAGGGGGGGGCAGCACCAGAGGAGACCUUUGUAGAAAACAAGCAAGAUGGAGUGUCGAGAAAAUACAUCCCUCCUGCACGGAUGAUGUCCACAGAGAGUGCCAAUAGCUUCACACUGAUUGGAGAAGCAUCGGAUGGUGGCACUAUGGAAAAUCUUAGUCGUAGACUGAAGGUGACCAGCGACCUGUUUGACAUCAUGUCAGGCCAGACAGACGUGGACCAUCCGUUGUGCGAGGAAUGUACUGACACCCUGCUGGACCACCUGGACACGCAACUCAACAUCACAGAGAACGAAUGCCAGAAUUACAAACAGUGUCUGGAGCUGCUCUCACACCUGCAGGUAGAGGGAGAGGAGACCCUGCUGGCAGAGCUGCAGCACCUGAAGGAGGAGGAGGAGGCUCUGGUCCAGGAGCUUGAGACAGUAGAGGAGCAGAGGGCUGCUGUGGCCCAGGACCUGGACCAGAGCAGGAUCCACUCUCAACAGCUGGACACAGAGGAGCUACAGUACCAAAAGGAGUACAGCGAGUUUAAACGGCAACAGCUGGAGCUGGAUGAUGAGCUAAAGAGUGUUGACAACCAGAUGCGUUACUGCCAGAUUCAGCUAGAUCGCCUGAAAAAGACCAAUGUCUUCAAUGCCACAUUUCACAUCUGGCACAGUGGGCAGUUUGGUACCAUCAACAACUUCCGACUGGGUCGACUACCCAGCGUCCCGGUGGAGUGGAAUGAGAUUAACGCAGCCUGGGGGCAGACGGUGCUGCUGCUGCACGCUCUGGCCAACAAAAUGGGGCUGCGCUUCCAGAGAUAUCGUCUUGUCCCAUAUGGAAACCACUCAUACUUAGAGUCACUGACAGACAAGUCCAAGGAACUUCCUCUAUACUGCUCAGGUGGCCUGAGGUUCUUCUGGGACAAUAAAUUUGACCAUGCCAUGGUGGCCUUCCUGGAUUGUGUUCAGCAGUUCAAAGAGGAGGUGGAAAAAGGAGACACUGGCUUCUGCCUUCCAUACAGGAUGGAUGUGGAAAAAGGCAAGAUCGAGGACACAGGUGGCAGCGGUGGCUCCUACUCUAUCAAAACCCAGUUCAACUCUGAGGAGCAGUGGACCAAGGCGCUCAAGUUUAUGCUCACCAACCUGAAGUGGGGACUGGCCUGGGUCACCUCGCAGUUCUACAACCGAUAAACCUGCUGAACAAUGCCUUAUGAUACGGAGUUUUGCAUAGUCAUUUGCCCCUCUGAUAAAUGGAUUUCGUUUGAAUCUUACAUGGCCAAAGGAAAAGAAAUUGUUGUCUGCACCAUUUUGGAAGUAUUUUCAGUACAAAAAAAAAGCAUGGAAAAAUGUCUAGAUCUUCAGUCCCCAUUGUCUGUUUUUACAUGUUACAAAGACGGGAUCAUUUGUAUCUAUUUUGCUGCAAAGGGGGAAAUCAUUAAUGGUGGACCCACUGUGGAAGCACUGAAGACAGGUACAGGUUGUCGUCUAACCCUUAAAGCAGGCAGAAUAAAAUAAUUACAUGCUUAUUUUAUCACCUGCUUCACUAAUUGUCUGGCUUUUUCUGAAAAGCUUUCAGACGAGAAUGUAAUUUUAAAAAUAUCUUCAACCAAAUUCAGUUGUAACCACUUUAUGAAGUUCAAGGUAUCCUUGCGCUCUCAUCACACUGCACACCUUUGAAAUCACUGUAUAACAUUGUUUUUCAAUAUUCCAAUUACAGAGGCAGUAAGAAUAUGAUGUGAUAAUUAUGGUCAAGGUAGGAUUUUUAAUACAUUAACACGGUUUAGUAUUCAGAAGAGUGUCAGUAUUUCAUUAACCUUGAAUGCAGUUAUCACAUUUGCCAGUUACAUACACACUUUACAGGUAAACUGUUGUAUUUAGAGGUACACUGAUACAGAGCGUUUGUGUUUAUACUCUGCACUAUCAUGUGAUUUUGUCCAUUUUAGAUAUGGAUACUUUUAAUGGUGGAGUUUGACUUAAACAUUUAUUGCUGUGAAAAUGUCUAGUGUGGAGAGUCUUUCUUAUAGAUUCAAUGUAUUUGACACAAGUAUUAAUGCUUCAUGGUAUACUAAUGACAAUGGCAUAAAUUAAUACUCUUGGUCAAAAAAA